CAUACUUUAUCAGCACGAGCAGACCGCCUCCUUUUGGCCACCCAUUCCUCUUAAAGCAUGCACAGCUCUCUUCUCCGUGUCCCCAUUAUAAAGGCAGGGACAUCCUCCCACCCUCCACAUUCCAUUGAACUACCUCACUUUAAUUAUUAUCACCACCACAUUCCUGAGUUCUAACUUGUCUCACUACCUUUGCUGGUGCUCAGUUAAUGGAGGGUGGGAAGAAGUGGCGGCAGGUCCCGGCGUUUGGGAGCUGGAAUUUCUGCGACGAGGCCCGGUUCGCCCAGUACUUCGAGUCGGUGAGAGGGGCAGGUUUGAUCCAAGCUCACUUCUUUGGAGGAGAUGGUAAGGUUCUCUUCGAGGUGGUGUCCCAACAGCAUCAAAGAAAGAGGAAGAAGGGAGGAGGGAGAAGAGAAGGAAUGAAGCAGUAUGAGAAGGAGAGGAAGAAGCCAGAGGCUGUAGACGAGGACUUGUACAAGAUACCCCCAGAGCUCUUGUAUCAAGCACCUAAGAAGAAGAAGUUGCUGUGGAAUUUGUGGGCUCGGUGUCUAGGCCUGAACUGCGUUGCUUAAGUGGGCUAUUCUGUGGUGGUGCUUUGCGUCUGUAGUUUGUACCUCCAAUCUUUGAUCCUUGUGUAGUGAGAUAUAUUGUAAGAUAUUAUAUAGUGUUCUAAAGAGGAAAUGGAAGAAAUUACUGACUUGUUAGAGUGUCCACUAGUACUACUUUUUUGUGAUUUUAAGAGAUUGGAGUUCAUCAAUCCAUAAAGGAAACUGUAUUUAUCUA